CAAAGAAAGGUGGAAAAGUCAGAGGGAGGGAGGAAAGAGUAAAAACAGGCGGUCAGGGAGGGAAAGCAGACGGAAAGGGAGAACAGAGUGAAAGAAAGAACAGCCAAGAAUGUCACAGAACCAGACUGAAUACUGAGAAGGAAGUAUGAUUUGACAGGGUCCGACUGCCACAAUGUACAAUCACAGCCGAUACGGCAGCCCUCCAGUCUACAGCCCCCCAAGUGCUUAUCAUCACCAAAACAGCCAUGCUCCUGGAUCUCUUGCUUACCGCAUCCAAUCUCCCCAUCCCAACUCAUUCUACCAAGAGGAUAUACCUCCACAAAAUUUCUACAAAUGGAACUCUCCGCCUGGGAUUGUCCGAAUCUUACAGGGAACUAUAGUUUUUCUCUGUGUGGCAAUCUUUGCCUGUGUGGCUUCCACUUUGGCUUGGGAAUAUAACUAUGGGGGUAUGGGUUCUCUGGGAGGAAUGGGGGGCUAUUAUGGAGGGUAUGGAGGCUAUGGAGGUUAUGGUUAUGGAAAUGGAUAUGGCUAUGGUUCUAACUAUGGCAUGACUAAUCCUCAAGCUGCAAGCGGCUUUAUGAUGGCCAUGACUGUGCUGACUUUCAUUGCUAACCUUGGGCUAUUUAUAGCAAGUGUAUCCAAAACUAGUGGGUCCAGGUCACGAAAGUUCUUUAUGAUUAUACUAGUACUAAGUGCAGUUCUAGCCAUAAUGGACCUCAUUGCCACAGUUGUCUAUAUAGUUGGGGUUAAUCCACGGUCCCAGAUGGGUGGCAGCUACUACUACAGUCAAAUGAUGAUGAUGUGUAACCAGAUUUACUCCCCUGUGUCUUCUGGAAUAGGCUUUACCAAUCAGUAUCUUUAUCACUACUGCAUGGUGGAUCCACAGGAGGCCAUUGCGAUUGUCUGUGGAUUUAUCAUAGUCAUUUUAAUGUGUGUUACAUCCUUCUUCGCUUCGAAGACAAGACGCAAAAUCUGGCAGUAUGGACAACCAAACAUUAACUGGGAUAAACCUGUCACCGCUUUUCAGGAGGGGCCCAAUGUGGAGGAAUGGGUUAAGAAUGUUCCAGAUAUGCCCCCAGAUGACACAGCCACGCUAAUUUAUUCUGAGAAACCCCAAAGUCCAGUUAAGGCUUUGAGCAACAACAGUAUCUAUAAACCACCGGUAGAUACCUUUGAAGCAAGAGAAUCACCACCAAUGAGCAGCUCUCCUGUGUCAGACAGUGAACCCCAGGAGCAGAGCAGAAGCAGACCUCCAGUGAGAAGGGGCAGAAGAAGGAGGCGUAACCCCGAGCUGGAUGAAUCUCAGUAUGAAACAGAUUAUACUACAGCUGUGGAAUCUGGUGAUGACAGAGAUCUUGGAGAAUGGAACAGUCUAUACCCUGCAAUUGAGUCAGACAGUCAACGCCAGGAAUAUAAACGGGAAUUUGACACGGAUUUGCGUCGUUACAAAGUGAUGUGUGCGGAGAUGGAUGAUAUCAACAAUCAAUUGCAGCAACUCAGCAAACAGUUGGAUGGGCUCACAGAGGGUACCACACAGUACCAGGGGGUUGCUGAGGAGUACAACAGACUGAAGGAUCUUAAAAGAACCCCUGAUUACCAAACCAAGAAAAUGGAGACAAAACAACUUCGCAACAAGCUUUUUCACAUAAAAAGGAUGGUGAACAAUUACGACAAGUCAAGGGGUUAGGGAAAGCAGAACAACAGGCACCCACAAGAGGGCAGCAUGGCCUAUAUAAUAUAGAUAUAUAUAAGGACUCUACAGAAUGGACUGCAUAUUUCAACCAACUCAUCAUAAAUCCACAGUCUCACAUGAUGCUGUGUGGGCUUCUUUCUUGCGCAAAAUUAUAUUUUUUACAUUUUCUUGUUUUAUUAGCUAUAGAUGGUUUGGGUCAGUGAGAAUGAAAGUGAUUAAACCAAAUGCAAUGCUGCAUAUAUUUCACAAGAGCUGUGUUUUUUCACUAAGGCCUGUUAAGAAUGUUCGGAGCUGGUACAGUAGCAACUAUCAUUGUAUUUAACUUAAUAUGGGUAUCUGUAGCAUUGCCUAAUCACAUUGCCAGUUGAAGAUACUGUAAAGGGCAUUUUAUAUGCUAAACUACUUUCUUUCUGAUUAGUCCUGACACAUUGUUUCCUAAACCUCAAAAUGCUAUCUGCAAAAGACUGUCUUUCCUGCCAGGCACUAAAAUUAGGAGAAAUUCAUUGAACAGCACGAAAAACACACAUGAAACUAAGAUAGUCCCCAUUUUAAACGUUUAAGUUAACAUUUAGUAUGUUUAAGAAUGACUAAUUUGAAGAAACUUUCCAAUUGGCCUUGAUAUUUUCAUUAUUUAUAGUUUUGC